ACACUGUCGUCUCGUCUGUCCUUGUCAAUUUUAUCACCACCACCCAAUACCCAUCAUCAUCACCAUUAAAACUAAUCCCAAACAUUACCCUAGGCUAUAAUUAUAGGGAAUAUCAUAUUAUAUGUAGUGCUUAAAGUUGUUAAACUGAUUUAUGAAGCAUCCAAUCAGUUUUGGGCACACCCAUUUGCUAAUUAUUUGUAUUGUUUUAUGUGUCUUCAGUCUUCUGUCAAAGAAAAUAAAAAUAAAAUAAUAAUGUGUAUGUGUGUGCAGGAGGACAAUGACUAAUUCGCUAAAGUGUAAAUUUUGGCAGGUUCUUAUCUCAUGAUCCAACUGCUACAAUCGAUUGCUUAGAACUGAAAAGCAGAGCCGGAAGAAGAAAGCGAGAGAGAGAGAGAGAUGGGUCUGUUCACUAACAGAGUCGAGAGAAGUGAGAUCAGGCCCGGAGACCAUGUCUAUACGUACAGGGCUGUCUUCGCUUACUCUCACCAUGGUAUCUUUGUUGGGGGAAGCAAAGUGGUCCAUUUUAGACCAGAACGAAACAUGAAUUCAAGUGAAGCAUCAACUGACCCCUAUGACUCCAUGUCCUGUCCAACCUUUCCUGAUUGUGGCUUCAGACAACCCAACAGUGGUGUAAUCCUUUCAUGCCUGGACUGCUUCCUCAGAAAUGGAUCUGUAUACUGCUUUGAAUAUGGGGUUACCCCAUCAGUUUUCCUUGCCAAAGUCCGGGGUGGAACUUGCACCACAGCAGCAUCUGAUCCACCAGAAACAACCAUCCACCGAGCAAUGUACCUUCUUCAAAAUGGAUUUGGCAAUUACGAUGUGUUUCAGAACAACUGCGAAGAUUUCGCCCUCUACUGCAAAACUGGUCUUCUAAUAAUGGACAAGUUAGGUGUUGGUAGAAGUGGCCAAGCUUCUUCAAUCAUUGGUGCUCCACUGGCUGCCAUUCUAUCUUCCCCGCUGAAGCUUUUGAUGCCGAGCCCAGUUGGCGUGGCGACAGUAACUGCUGGAAUGUACUGCAUGAGCAGAUAUGCAACUGAUAUUGGUGUAAGAACUGAUGUGAUCAAAGUGGCUGUGGAAGACUUACAUGUGAACUUGGGUUGGGUAGGGGAGCCUGAAGAAGAAAUAGCUGAAGAUAGUGAGCCUUCCAACAGAGCACUUGCUAUUGCUAGAUGAUGAUGAUGAUGUGAGUUUUAUCCUUAUGCAUGAUGGGAUAUUCAGUGUUAAUAACAACAACAACAAUAAUAAUAAUUUUAUCAUUUUGUUGACAUUAACAACUGAAGUUAAGCUUCACACACA